UAAUUUUAACCGUGCCAUACCACCCUACUGGGUGGAUCCGCCGCGGGGUACUCCUCACUCUCACAGCAAAAGUGGAAUCAACGUUACCUUUUGAAAUCCCUAAAAACUCAUCGUCUUCUCCAUCACCCAAAUUCCAAAAAAAUUACAUACUUUCCUUUACCCUAUAAUAUAUAUCUGGUUCAUUCUUUCUUGCUGCUUAAUGCAAAUACUAAUAAGCAAUGGAAGUGGCAACUACUUCGGCCGUGAAAAUAAUAGAUAUAGUCGAAGAUAACGACGACAAUGAUGAUAUUUCAGUGAUAUAUGAAACCCCAAAAACUUCAAAUGGUAAAGGAAUCAAGAUUAGUGAAAAAUACUUAGAGAAAAGAGACGUCGAACUUGAGAUUGUAGCAUCUUUUUGUUCAAAACCUAGCAGCAAUGGAACUAAAAAGGUCUUUAUUGAUCUAUCCAGAGAAUAUCCAGAUGAUGAGAUUCAAAUUUUGGGUAGUCAAAAUUUACGAAAAUGUUCAAAAGGGUGUUCAAAUUCGAAGUCUAUUGAUAUAGAUGAUGACCAAGAUGACAUUUUUACCUGUGAUAUUUGCGUUGACGAAAAGACAACGAGUGAAAUGUUCAAAAUAAUGGGAUGCACUCAUUCUUAUUGCAAAGAAUGCAUGGCUAAGUAUGUUGCCUCAAAAAUUCAAGAGAAUAUUUCUCAAAUUUCAUGUCCUGUUUCGGGGUGUAACGGGCUAUUAGAGCCGUACUAUUGUCGUUCAAUUUUGCCUAAAGAAGUGUUUGAUAGAUGGGGUGACGCGUUAUGUGAGAAAAUGAUUUUGGGGUCCCAGAAAUUUUAUUGUCCGUUUAAGGAUUGUUCCGCGCUUUUGAUUGAUGAAAGCGAGGGUGGAAAUUUUGUUAUAACUCAAUCGGAAUGUCCAGAAUGUAGGAGGUUGUUUUGUGCUAAGUGUAAAGUUGCUUGGCAUUCGGGGAUUGUGUGUGAAGAAUUUGAGAAGUUGAACAAAGAUGAAAGGGAAAGAGAAGAUAUACAACUUAUGCAACUUGCUAAAGGGCAAGAAUGGCAGAGAUGUCCGAAGUGUAGGAUGUAUGUGGCAAGGUCUGAUGGUUGUGCCCAAAUGCUUUGCAGGUGUGGCUGUUACUUUUGUUACAAAUGUGGAGCUGAGUCAACAAAUCAUUUUUGCAGUCACUGUGGUACAUAAAAACGUAAAUUGGACGGAUUGUAGAUAUUGCGACAGCAGGGGUGCAAAAACUACAACUGCGCGAUUUCUUCUACUGAUUUUGUUUUGAUGACUCUUUUUCUAUCCUCGUAAAUGGAGUAUUUGGAUUGCGGAUUAGAUAUUCAGAGUUGUGCUGCCUUAGGAGAAAACUGAAGAAAGAGCUGAAAUCUGAACUUAGAAGUGUCUGUCUUCUAGUUAUUUGAUUCUUAAGUUUUGCUGAUUAAAGUACAUUUUGUCUGAAUAUAGAAGAUUAUAACUUUUGGUA